CGCACGCAUCGCGCCGUCGACGAUACACAGACAUAAAGCAAGAUGACAAAAUUAUUAAUAAACUUUUACAAAUACUUAACUGUUAUAGUGUUGUGUGUUUGUCUCCGGGACACUCUACAACUGGUGCCAUUGCCCGAUUUUAUUCAUCCGUGUGCUGAACUGACAGACGAAUGUUAUACCAAGGCUACACUGGACGCUAUCCCGGGGAUUGUGAAGGGCAUCCCGGAGGCCGGGAUACCGUCCCUGGAUCCACUAUACCUGGAUAAGAACAUCACCAUGAAUCUCCCCGGGAACGUAAAGAUGACGUUCCACAACGGAAAGCUAUCCGGCUUGAGUACCUGUGUACCUGAUAAAGUUUCAUCUCGCCGUGAAAAAAGGACAUUCAUAUUUGAUAUUCACUGCAAUUUCACAAUAAAGGGACACUACGCUAUUGUUGGUAGAAUUCUCCUCUUUAACCUGGAUACCGAUGGGCACGCAAAAAUUAAAAUCUGGAACCAACAUAUCAGACUGGAAGUGUUCGAGAAAGUUGUAAAAGACGCUAAUGGCGAAGGCCACUACAAGAUAAACUCCUACAAAUACAAAGCAGAUUACGGCACGGACUUAAAACUUAACCUAACCAACCUCUUCAGAGGAAGUCCCGCCAUUAGUGCGAAUAUUUUAGAAGUUCUUAAUUCAAACUCUCAACUUGUGGCCCAAGAAUUCGGGGGACCGAUAUUAGACUACGCUAUAGAUUACGCUAUGAAUGUGACUCAGAGAUUCUUCAGUACGUACACUUACGACCAGAUCAGCAAGGUCCCACUCCCAGAGGAAUUUUUUGAAAAACAAUAGUUCCAGAUUUCUGGUGAUCGAAUUCCACACAAUUUGAAACAGUAUUUAAUUUUUAAACUUAGUAUAAGCAUUGCGGGAUUUACAAUAUUGAAAUAAUUUUGGCAUAAUGUUGACAACAUUAGCAUUCAAUUUUAAACAGUACAUUUGAAAAUGUUCAAUGUAUAGAAUGUAAAUAAUAUUAACCACAUUUCACCAACUUACUGGCAUCAGCUGCAGUUGAAACUCGAAAAAUAUACGAAAUAAUGCCAACGACCGGCGAUUCUCAGCAAUAUUGACGCAACACGUGACAUAACAGAGUUGCGUGUCCGAUAAUGUAUAAAGGUUUUAUAUAUAUGAAUGCCGCCGAAAUAUAUUUUAUAUAUGGUAACAAACUGCAAUAUUACGUCAUUAUUGACAGUAAGCUUCACCCAUUUUAAACGUAUUGUUGUUUUAGUAAAAAUAAUUAUAAAUUAUUAUUGUUAUUAUGUUUAUAGUUUAAUUUCAUCAAAAAAUCACUCACAACACUUUUAGUACCGUAUUGUGAACAGUAUGUUUUUUUAUUUAAAAGUUACAAGCCUUGAAUAUGUAGGUUAAGACAGAAUGUAAAUAUCAUUUCCAGAACAUUCGUCUUGAACCAGUACUUCGAUUUCUUAAGUUAUAUGACAAACGACUUUAUUACUUAAACAUUUCACAUUUACGUCACAUAUUUUAUUUAUUGAUAAAUUUUUUAUAUGAAAUUAAAACUUUUACUUUCAUAUUUUUAUUAGUAAAAAUAUAGUAGCAUAAAUGUAGCAUACAGCUAUCAG